AGGGAGGAGAGCAGCCUCUGAUUUUAUUUUUCUUCGCAGACAGAGCGGAGUUAAGCACGAAAACAAACUUGAACCACGCGAUCCGUGGCCUCGACGUCUGCGUUGACGCGCGCGCAUGAAGCGGAGGAAACGAGGCCGCUGCACCGACGACGUUUGAUCUUUGCUCUUUUUCCUUUGUUGAAAAAAAAACACGGAAGGGCUUUGACAAGAAAAAAACCAAAACAACAACCAUUAAGUUAUGCGUCAGUGAGUGCGCACUUUACGCACCAGGGGCGCACCGUGAAACUUUGACAUGUCACACCUCGCCUUUAGUUUGCGUCGUGUGUUCGGCUUUGUCUCCUUUGUUGUUGUUGUUGUUGUUGUUGUUGUUGUUGUCGUCGUCAGCUCUUCACUGUGAACAUGCGUCGCGGUUAAGAAACUUUUAAAGCGCACUCCAAAAAACAAACAAACACCCAGAGGCAGCAUGGGGGCCAAACAGAGCAACCCAGUGUUCGACGGCAGAACUCGGGCUUAUUCCAGCUCCGAUCUCCCGUCUGGCAACACCAGCGGCGGGGAGAGGAUCGCCGGGUUCAGGUACACGAACGGACCGGAUGGACCGCGGAUCCGGUACACAGGCGCGGGGCCGACCAGCUCCGGCCUGAGUAUACCGGGCGGCGGCAGGUCAGGGUCACAUGAACUCAACCAGAGCCUCGAUGGCACGGACGGUGACGGUGAGGGCGAGCUGCCCCCUGACGGCCACAGGCUGCUCAUAGGCUCGUUACCUGCACACCUGUCCCCUCACCUGCUGGGAGGCUUCCACUGCCCUGUCUGCUCCAAGUUUAUGGCGUCUGAUGAAAUAGAGAAGCACCUGCUCAUGUGUUUCAGCAAAACACACCUCACCUACAACAAGGACAUCCUGUCCAGAGACUCUGGGGAGUGUGCCAUCUGUUUAGAAGACAUGGAGCAGGGAGACACCAUCGCCAGACUGCCCUGUCUCUGCAUCUACCAUAAAGGGUGCAUAGACGAGUGGUUUGAGGUGAACCGCUCGUGUCCAGAACACCCCGCCGACUAGAAGCUGCGAGAGUUAACAUUUCAACAUCACUGUGGUCGACUGUGUCUCCGCUGACCUCAUCCCAACACUGUCUGUGUGAGCCGAUCGUCAGCCGAGCUCGAGCCGAGCUUGAGCCGAGCUUGAGCCGAGCUUGAGCCGAGCUUGAGCCGAGCUUCGGCUGCUCCUCAGGGAUUCUAAGACAUUUCAUUUUUCGUAUCUCUUCGUGGACGUUUGGAAACAUUUCUUUCAAGACGUCAUGUGACAUUCUCAGAACUUACUGGUGGAGCCAUUUUGUUUCCAGAAUUAUGUGAAUGUUCGUGACUCCGCCUGCUGGAUUAAAGAGGGUUCAUAACAACACGGGAACUGGAGAGAGACGUUCUGCUGCAGGGCGUUUACGGAGGAAUAUCGCAUUCACGUGAAAUCAUUUUUAAAAAUUUGUGUUUCGAGCUGUUUUUUUAUGAGAUUACGAGAGAUUUUUGGGGGGUUUUUUUUUCCAGGUCUGUUUUUACAAAAAAAUUCCGGGGUCUGUUUUAUGAAAAAAAAUUGCGGGGUCUGUAUUAGCGUGAUUUUUUUCGGGUCUGUUUUAACGACAUUUACGACAGAAGAAUCUCCCAACGUCUGAAACCCAAAGUUAAGUAAAAAAACUGGACAUCUUUGCUUUCAAGUCAGCGACGAUCAAGCUUUAAUCUCAUUCACUCAGCAGAAAAAGUCAUCCCCCCACAAAAAAUGUCACUAAAACAGCCUUUUUAAAAAUGAUUUUAGGUGACUGCGAUACGCUUCCGUACGAAGGUGUUAAAGCAAAGUGACGUUUAAAUCCGACGAGAAUCUCUUGUAGGAGAGAGUUGGGUCGACGCCUGUUCACAGACUGGAUCGCAGACUGGAUCGCAGACUGGGUCGCAGACUGGGUCGCAGACUGGAUUAGAGUCUGUUGUUGUGCAAUGUGAAAAAAACCCCCAGCCAUAAACAAUGAGUAACACCAAAAUCAACUUUAAGGGAUGAUUACAGUGUUGAUUGUAGUAAGGAUGUAAAAACAUUGGCGAUCACUACUGUGUGUUAAACAAUCAUCAUGUGCCGUAGAAGAGUUGGUCUAACAUGUUUUUGUUUUUGUUUUUUUAGAACCACACUGGUGUGAUUAUGUAGUUUAUUGGUGAAAAUGACGUUGAUUCAUAAAUCUCUCUCUCUCUCUCCAGGGGAGUGUCGUAAUAUGCUGCUAUGCCAUAGACUGGGACGUUUUCCCUGUAACCUUUGAACCCUUUGUCCAAUGUAUUUUGUAUUUGUACUGUAAUGGAUUGCACAAGAAUAAAUGUUUUGUCUCCGUGUCUCUUCCUUGCACAA